AUGAAUAGCCUGCGGCCUCGGCCUCGGCUGCACCUCUGCUGGCUGCUGGCACUGCUGCUGCCGGUGGGCCCCGCCGCCGGGGCGGCCCUGCAGCCGAUGCACUGCGCCCCGUGCAGCCCCGAGAAGCUGGCCCUCUGCCCGCCCGUCCCGCCCGGCUGCGCGGAAGCGGCGCGGCAGCCCGGCUGCGGCUGCUGCCAGACCUGCGCCCUCGGGCCGGGCCAGCCCUGCGGCGUCUACACGGCCCGUUGCCGCCAGGGGCUUCGUUGCCGCGUCCCCGCGGGAGAGUCCCGACCUCUCUCCGCCCUCAUCCAGGGGCAAGGGACGUGCCUGCCUGCGAGCGACGCCGGAGGGAUCCGCACGGCGGAGCGGGCAGACUCUAUCGAACCUGAAGAUACGCCUUUGGAAAGCACUGAAAUGACACAGGAUCUGCUGCUGAACUAUCAGUUGAUGUUUCUCAUAGGCCAGGACAAAUCCAUCCCCUGGAAUGCCAUUACUGCAUAUGAAAACAUGAAAGCAAAGAGAAUAUCUGAACUCAAGAAAUGGAAAGAGCAGGGACCUUGUCAGAAGGAACUUUACAGAGCCCUGUAUAAAUUGGCAAAGGCACAGCAGAGGCGUGGAGGGGAGAUUUACAAAUUCUACUUGCCCAACUGCAACAAGAAUGGAUUUUACCAAAGCAAACAGUGUGAAACUUCACUGGAUGGAGAGUCUGCUGGAUGCUGGUGUGUCUAUCCAAAUAACGGAAGAAAAAUUCCUGGAUCUCCAGAAAUUAAAGGAGACCCUGAGUGCCAAGAGUAUCUCAACUCACAAGAAUAAAACUAAACACAUUUCAUUCACACCAAGUUUUUUUCCGGGGACUGAUCUAGUCAGGAGACAUUUCUGUCAGCAGCCGUUUCAGUAAGGGCGUUUUGAGCACCUGAUUUUCAGCAUAUGAGCAACCCUGUAAAGUAGCUUUUUGACUGCACUGAGAUUACUCAGAUGCUCGAGACAUGAGCAACUGCACAAUCGAGGCCUACAAACUUGUAUAUUUUGUUUGUAUAAUAUGUAUAGCUUUUGAAUUAUUUAUUUCACAGUAUGUGUAUUUUUGUCUGUGCUAUUACUAAUUUAUAUCCUCAAAUACUUCAUAACUUUAUAUGUAAAUACUUAAUGUUAUUGCUCUUAAAUGUAUGCAUCUUAUGUUGAAGGAAUGUUGUUACUUAAAACUUCAAAUGGCAUAACUCAGUUGGGAAAAAUGGCUUGUAAAGUUUCAUUUUUGUACUAUGUGUUUAUGAAUGCAAAACGGAUUUUUUAAAAAAAUAGUGUUCAGUAGAGAACACACUUAGAAACUUAUUUAAAAUCUGUUUUGUUUAUAUAUCAUUUUGCUUUUGCACCUCUCUUUCAAUGUCAAGCUGUUUCUUAAAAAAGAAGAUCUAAACCUUGAUUAUGUUCUGAAGCUCCUGAUGGGACAGUAUUUAUUUCUAUUUUCCAAACAUAUGCACCAGAUAAAUGGCAAAACACAACAGGAUAUUCUGUGCUAUCUUUGACAGCUGUAAGUUAGCAUUGUCAUGUUGUUUAAGAUGAGCUAUUAAAUAAUGCCUUCUGCACUG